AUGUCGGGGGAGUGUGAGGAACUCAGAAGAUCUGAAAUGAGUCAUCAAGAGGAGCAGCACAAGAUCCAAAGUGGAACUGUGGAAAGGUCAAAUUCUCCCGUAUCCAGCUGUGUGUCCUUUAAGAGUGACCGCUCACUGCCAACUCCUCCCGACUUUAAAGGUGGAACAUCCUCUGUGGACAGGUUUAAUAUACUGUAUGUGCUAUGCCUACACGAGCUGGAGCACAAAGUCAUCACUCUGUUGAAGAAUGAGCUGAACAGGUUCAAGAAGCUACUGAGUGCUGAUUUCCCAGCAUGCUCUGAGGAGGAGGAGGAGGAGGAGGACCUGCACUGUUUCAGAGAGGGUGUGCUGAAGAUCACACUGCACAUCCUGAAGAACAUGAAGCAGAAAGAUCUCGCUCACACACUGCAGAUCAAGCUGGCCUCUGUGUAUCAGCGGAAGCUCAAAUCCAGACUUCUAGAUAAAUGUAAAAGAAUUAAUGAAGGAAUCUCACAGCAUGGGACAUCAACACUUCUGAAUCAGAUCUACACAGAGCUCUACGUCACAGAGGGUGGGAGUGGAGACCUGGAGAAAGGAAACCUGAUGUUCUACGAGGAAGACCUGAGAGAGUGUGGCAUUGAUGUCAGAGAAGUGGCAGUGUACUCAGGAGUGUGUACCCAAAUCUUCAGGACAGAGUCUGGACUCCACCUGGGGAAGAUGUUCAGCUUUGUGCAUCUGAGUGUUCAGGAGUUUUUGGCUGCAUUAUAUGCAUUUCUCUGCUUCCUUGACAAAAACCCAACAAAAGAACAAACCACUGAUCUUUCUGGUCUUUUCAACAGAUCAGAAAUGUCUGACUUCCUCAAGAGUGCAGUGGAUCAGGCCUUACAGAGUGACAACGGACACUUGGACCUUUUCCUCCGCUUCCUUCUGGGCCUCUCAGUGGAGUCUAAUCAGGAGCUCAUUCGAGGUCUGCUGACACACAAAGGAAACAGCUCUGACUGUCAGAAGGACAUAGUUGAGUACAUCAAGUUCAAGUUUGAACACAAUCCAUCUCCAGAGAGAUCCAUCAAUCUGUUCUACUGUCUGAACGAGUUACAUGAUGAUUCACUAGUGAAAGAGAUCCAAAGCUACAUGAGCUCAGGACGUCUCUCUGAAGCUGAACUCUCACCUGCUCAGUGGUCUGCUCUGGUCUUUGUGUUGCUGACAUCAGAGGAGGAUCUGGAAGUGUUUGAGCUACAGAAGUUCAUAAAGUCAGAUGAAUGCUUUAAGAGACUGCUACCAGUCGUCCGGGAAGCCACAAGAGUUCUGCUCAGUGAGUGUAACCUGACGGAGAGAAGCUGCUCGGCUUUACACACAGUUCUCAGCUCAGAAUCCUCCAAGCUGACUGAGGUGGAUCUCAGCAGUAAUCCUCUGGAGGACUCAGGAGUGAAGCUGCUUUGUGCUGGACUGAAGAGUCCAAACUGUAACCUGGAGAAACUGAGACUUUCAGACUGUAAUAUUAAACAGGAAGGAUACGCUGCUCUGGCUGAAGCUCUGAAAUCAAACCCCUCAUCACACCUGAUAGAGCUGGACCUCAGAGGGAACGACCCUGGAGACUCAGGAAUGAAGCAGCUCAGGAAUUUAAUAAAUGAUCCAAAAUGUAAAAUGAAGACACUGAGGUUGCUGAAAAGUCCUGAUGCACAGAAAGCUUAUGAUCAUCUGAGUGAAGUUCUGGGUAUAAACCCGAUACUGCAGACGGAUCUGGAUCUGAAACUGCUAAAGAAAAACCCACAGUUAAGUGUGAUUAAUUGUGCUUUCAGGCUCAGUGAGUGUAAUCUGACAGAGAAAGGAUGUUCAGCUCUGCUCACAGCUCUCAGAUCAGAAUCCUCCACCCUGAGGGAGCUGAAUCUGAGUGAGAACAGGAUUCAGGAUUCAGGAGUGAAGCUGCUCUCUGCAGAACUGAAGAAUAAAGACUGUAAACUGGAGACUGUGAGACUUUCAGACUGCAGUAUAACAGAGGAAGGAUACGCUGCUCUGGCUGAAGCUCUGAAAUCAUCACACCUGAUAGAGCUGGAUCUCAGAGGGAACGACCCUGGAGCAUCAGGAGUGAAGCUGCUCACUGAUGUACUACAGGAUCCACACUGUACACUGGAGACACUGAGGUUGUUGAAAAGUCCUGCUGCACAGGAAGGCUAUGAGUUACUUUAUAGAGUUCUGAAUAAGAACCCCUUGCUGCAGAGAGAACUCGAUGUGAGUGAGAAAAUAAACGGAGACUCUGAGGUGAAGCAGCUCUCUGCUCUACUGCAGGAUUCACACUGCAGACCUGAGAUACUCAAGGUAAAUAACGUCAGGAUGAGAAAUGAAGGUUGUGCUGCUCUGGCAUCAGCGCUGAGUUUAAACCCCUCACACCUGAGACAGCUGGAGCUGAGUGGGAAUACACUGAGAGGAUCAGGAAUGAAGGAGCUCUGUGGUGUGCUGAAGAAUCAACAAUUCAAACUGCUGAAACUGGGACUUUCAGACUGUAAUAUAACAGAGAAAGGAUACACUGCUCUGGCUAAAGCUCUGAAGUCAAACCGCUCAUCACACCUGAUAAACCUGGACCUCAGAGGGAACGACCCUGGAGACUCAGGAAUGACGGAGAUUAGGAGUUUGAUGAAUGAUACAGAAUGUAAACUGACACUGAGGUUGCUGAAAAGUCCUGAUGCACAGAAAGCUUAUGAUCAUCUGAGUGAAGUUCUGGGUAUAAACCCGAUACUGCAGACGGAUCUGGAUCUGAGUGGGAAAAUAGAAGGAGACUCAGGAGUAGAGCAACUCUCUGCUUUACUGAAGGAUCUACUGAAGGAUCCACACUGCAGACCUGAAAAACUUCAGCUCAGUGAGUGUAAUCUGACAGAGAAAGGAUGUUCAGCUCUGCUCACAGCUCUCAGAUCAGAAUCCUCCACCCUGAGGGAGCUGAAUCUGAGUAAGAACAGGAUUCAGGAUUCAGGAGUGAAGCUGCUCUCUGCAGUACUGAAGAAUAAAGACUGUAAACUGGAGACUGUGAGGAAACGUCUAAUACACACUUCAUGCGUUAUCCAGACACGUAAUUACAUGUAACACUCCUACAGUUAUCUAAAUUAUGUACAUCUUUUAUUGUUGUUGUUUGUUUGUUUGUUUGUUUGUUUGUUUUAGUUAUGUUCAUUUUUUUGUGAUGCGAGUGUAGAGGAGUUUGUGUUAGUUUAGUGUGUGCAGGUGUGUAUUUUUAUUCUGUUCCUGUGCACACAGGGGCACUCUGCAAGUCCCGCACAUACACAGUGUUUGUCAGGGAUUCCCUUGUUUCCUUCUCCCUGAAAGUGAAGACAUGUAACUGAUACUUAUUGUUUAAGUAAUUAUCUAUUACUAAAAAAAUAAUGUAUAACUGAUAAACUAAACUAAACUAAAUAAUUACCCAUAAAUUUAUUUACAUGUCCUGAGACAGAUCUGUGACUUCACAGAAAUCCUCUUCAUCUGUUCGUACACAGACACUGGAGCGCCGGAGUCACACUACAUGGGUGUAUUUGGGAGUCACACUACAUGGGUGUAUUUGGGAGUCGCACUACAUGGGUGUAUUUGGGAGUCACACUACAUGGGUGUAUUUGGGAGUCACACUACAUGGGUGUAUUUGGGAGUCACACUACAUGGGUGUAUUUGGGAGUCACACUACAUGGGUGUAUUUGGGAGUCACACUACGUGGGUGUAUUUGGGAGUCACACUACGUGGGUGUAUUUGGGAGUCACACUACAUGGGUGUAUUUGGGAGUCACACUACAUGGGUGUAUUUGGGAGUCGCACUACAUGGGUGUAUUUGGGAUUGGCAGUGAACAAAAGUCUCAGAUUUCAGACACAAAAUGAAUUAUAAUGAUGUGCUGUUAUGGUUUUAUCAUAAUGUUUUCAUCAUGUUUUCUCCAGACAUUGGAAAAAAUCUAAAUCAGAAAAUUAUCAGAACAGUUUUCUAGUGUAGAAAAUUAUUUUAAUCAUCAAAAAUGAGCAAAAUUAUCAUUUGUUUUUAUUUACUCACAUUUAUUUUUUGCCCAGAAUGAGAGAGCUUUUGUACAUAAAAAAAUCAAGAUAAUUAUUUGUACUUUUAUCCUCUUAGACUUUCAGACUGCAGUAUAACAGAGGAAGGAUACGCUGCUCUGGCUGAAGCUCUGAAAUCAUCACACCUGAUAGAGCUGGAUCUCAGAGGGAACGACCCUGGAGCAUCAGGAGUGAAGCUGCUCACUGAUGUACUACAGGAUCCACACUGUACACUGGAGACACUGAGGUUGUUGAAAAGUGCUGAUGCAGAGGAAGCCUACAAGUGUCUUACUAACAUUUUCAGAAGAAACCCCUUACUGCACACGGAGCUGG